AUGGAGAAACCAGAGGUCGAAAGACUCGAGUGGUUAUUCUGGGUUGACCGCGAUACCAUUAUCCUCGAUACUUGCCGAUCGCCUCUCGGUUUUCUGCCAAUUCCGAUGCAACAGAUCAAUGGAUCCGAUACCCAGCGGGAUCCCGCAGAGAACAUAAACUUGCUCGCGACAAAGGACUGGAAUGGUCUCAACAACGGUGUCUUUCUCAUGCGAGUCAACCGAUGGAGCGUUGACCUUUUCUCAGCGAUUCUCGCACUCCGUCAUUACCGGCCUGAUGCCGAUUUACCCUUUACGGAGCAGAGUGCCAUGGAAUUAUUGCUGAACGAGGCCCCUUUCAACAAGAAUGUGAUAUGGGUACCCCAAUGGUGGUUCAAUGCCUACGGGCGGGGCAAAGACAAGGAAGACUUCAAGCCGCUAACGACGGACCCAAAUUCUCAGCAGUACCAUGCAAGGCGGGGAGACUUCCUGGUUCACUUCGCAGGAACCGGAUACCGAGACCAGGCCAUGGCACCGUGGCUGGACCAUGCCGAGAACGCGACAGAACAACACAAUUACAUGAAUUAUUUGGUGCUCGAAUCAUGCUCCUCAGCUUCCCAAAGUUCCGUGUUGUCGCCCGUAUACAAUGAGGCACUCCUGGCUGAGGCUCCAGCGAUUCUACACAGAUGGUUAUCGCCGCUGGCGUACGCCACCUUUGGCCUUGAUGAUACUGUAUCGCCCAAAAUGAGGUUUGGCAGCCCAUCACUGGCUAGUUGA